GAGCAGCAGAGCAGCCCGUCUGCUGGGGAGAGAGACAGAGAAAAAGUUAGUCAAGAUGGCAAAUCCCACAGACCCGGAGUGAAGGGGCACCGCUCCCCGAAAAAAGAAGCAGAGCCUGCCGCCCGUCCUGAGACAAACCCAACGAUGCUAACGGCUCCAGGAGGUGAGGCUUAAGAGGGAUUCCCUGAAGAAAAAUGCCAGUGAGGCUGAGGCUGAUGUGACACAGCGUGUGCUGGAAGCUGACUCAUCAAAUAUCAAUCCCUCUGGGAGCGACUAAGCAGCAGAGAGCAGCUCAUAUCACCUAAUGCCUAGCUAGAAGAGAGCCUUACCCCCCUAUACACACACAUACACACCAAAGGAGAUUAUCAGACAGGAGAAGACGGUGCAGAAACCCCCCUCCAGCAGGAAUAUAUCCAGCAGUGGCUGCGGGCGAAACAAUUUUUGGCACCAGAAGGUCUAACAGUGACUGCAACAACAAAGCUAAGAAUGGCAUCACAGUGGUUCAGCUGAACCUCACCGACUGACUGACCCCUCCCUGUGUGUAGAAACAUCAACAAACAGCUGAUAAGACCAGUGUCAUCCUCCGUCAGUUUUACCCCAGACCAUCAGUGUAAAGUUUGGGGGAGGUUGCUCCUCUCAGCCCAGCCCCGGCACCACCACAGUCAGCCUGCCUUACCCCCGCCACGCAGACCAUGAUGUUUCGCGAUCAGGUGGGCGUGCUAGCCAGCUGGUUCAAGGGGUGGAAUGAGUGCGAGCAGACUGUGGCUCUGCUGUCCCUGCUGAAGAGGGUGAGCCGGACCCAGGCCCGCUUCCUGCAGCUCUGUCUGGAGCACUCUCUGGCUGAGUGCACCGAACUCCAGGUCCUGGAGGGAGAGGCAAACAACCCAGGGGUGAUCAGCCAGUGGCAAGGCGAGUCUAAGGAGCGGGUCAUCUCGCUCGUCCUCACCCAUCUCCCACUGCUCAAACCCGGCAACGUCGAAGCCAAGGGCGAGUACAUGCGCCUGCUGCCACGCAUCCUGGCUCACACCAUCGAGCAUGGCCGUCACCUGGAGGAGUCUCGCCAGCUCCUGUCAUACGCCCUCAUCCACCCUGCCACCUCCCUGGAAGACCGCUCUGCCCUCGCACUUUGGCUGAACCACCUGGAGGAGAGGGCGGCUGCCCGGGGAGACUCACUGGAAAGGCCUCCUCCUUCUGGACCGCACCAUCACCACCACCAGUCCACACCUCCAUCCACCCUCUCCUCAUCAGGUUCCUCCUCCUCCACUAACACCUCUUCAUCAGGCAAUCUCUACUCCUUGCAUCACCACCAGCGCUACGGCUCGGACGACCGCCUCAAUGGGUGGCAGAGCUCCAGGGAUUCAGGGCUGGGCGGAGGCUGGCAUCAGCAGCAGCAGGGCUGUGAGAACGGGCACCUCCUUCUCUACCCGUCAUCCUCUGUGCCGGCAACCAUCAACACGGUCGGGACUGGUGGAAGCGGUAACACUCUCCUGACGAGUGGAGGUGGCAGCCAGCAGCACAGUCCCCUGAAGCGCUCUGUGUCCCUCACGCCUCCCAUGAGUGGCCCCAGCAACCAGCCUCUGGGCCAUGUCUGGCUGUCCCAGGAGGACCUUCGGACCGCUCGAGGCCCAGCCCCAGACCACGCGCCGCUCUCACCCCAGAGCAGCAUCGCCUCCUCGGGCAGUGGAGGCAGCGAGCAUCUGGAGGAGGCUGGUUUAGGAGGAGGGUCAGGUCUGCAUCGCAGUUCCUUCCAUGAUGAGGGCAGUGGCAUGAGGGGUGGAGGUCUGCUUGUACAGUGGGAUGGACAGACCAGUCCCUGGGUGCACAGUCAUAAAAGUCCGUGUUUGCUGUCAGACCUUCGGCAAAGAUGUCAAAAUGUUCCUGCGUGGCUCAAGAGUCUCCGUCUCCAUAAAUACGCCGCUCUCUUUUCCACCAUGACCUACGAUGAGAUGAUGUCACUGACUGAAGAGCAGCUAGAGGCACAGAAGGUCACUAAAGGAGCACGACACAAGAUCGUUAUCAGCAUCCUGAAGCUCAAAGAGAGGCAGAACCUACUGCGCAGCUUGGAAAAGGAUGUGUUGGAGGGCAGUAAUCUGCGCGCCCCGCUGCAGGAGCUCCACCAGAUGAUCAUGACGCCUAUCAAAGCUUUCAACGGUGGCGAGGAGGCCUCCCUGCAGCGCCCCCUGCUGAGCCACGAGGGCAAGAGCGCAGCGCCAGGCUCCCACCUGACUGGGGUUGGCGGAGGCGGAGGGGAGGCUGAGUCAGGCGCAAGCGUCAUCGCCGAGGGGGAUCUACCCGGCCAGUUCACACGUGUCAUGGGCAAAGUUUGUACCCAGCUACUGGUGUCGAGGUCAGACGAGGACAACAUCAGCUCCUACCUACAACUCAUCGACAAGUGCCUUAUCCAUGAGUCCUUCACUGAGACGCAGAAGAAGAGGCUGUUGUCAUGGAAACAACAGGUCCAGAGGCUGUUCCGGUCCAUUCCAAGGAAAACCCUCCUUGACAUUGCAGGGUACCGACCGCAGAGGAGCCGCUUCGGCCAGUCCAACUCUCUCCCCACCGCUGGCUGUGUUGGGGGCACGGGGGGCGUGUCGGCCAGGAGGAGCCUUCGCCAGUUUCAGAUGCCCUCCAGGAGCUUGCCAGGUGCCAGGCUGGGCCUGCUGGGCAGCGGGGGGCUGCUGGGACCCACACCUCGCAGCUCCAGCAGCACACCCACCGGUCCCAAGCAGGGGAGACAGGGUCUCUGGUUUGCCAACCCCGGAGGAAGCAACAGCAUGCCCAGCCGGACCCACAGCUCCGUGCAGAGGACCCGCUCCCUGCCGGUUCACACCACACCACAAACCAUGGUCAUGUUCCAACAAGCAGAUCUUCAGUUACCGGUGACAGAGCCAGACAUCAACAAUCGCCUUGAGUCUCUGUGUCUGAGUAUGACAGAGCAUGCCUUGGCAGACGGUGCCGACCGCACAUCAACAAUAUGAAAUGAGGACCUGAGUGAGAGCAGUAGGACAGCGCGGGUUCACGAGGCUCUCUCAUGAUAAGUCACCUCGAGGUCACCAGCCCUCCUGUCCCCUCUCCCUGUAGCCAAUGGUAGAGCUCAACCAAAGGAUCGGGGCGGGAUCCAAGAAACACAAGAGAGCCGACCACCAAACGGCUAACACAAGCUAUCACAUUGGCACCGUCCAUCAGGUCGGAAAAACACACUUCCUGCUCCGCCAGCAUGCUCACAGUCACCUGCAUCUGGGUAAGGAGAGAGAAAAGCAUUGAACACGGCCUGGACAGUGUGUGAACAGCGCCCCCUCCCUAACCGGGGAGGACAGAAGCAGCACUGCAGCCCAGCAGAAGGGAGACGCUGGCCUGUGGAUCAGGGCCCAGUGAGACUGAGGCCCUUUCCCUCUCCGACACCCUCUGGUCCCCGCACAUCGACCACCGCUCGUGGCAUCUUUCAAAUCCAUAACAGUACCUCAGACCCAAAAACAAGACGAGACAAGCAGUUAGAGGGAGGCAGAAGGAAGUUUGGGAUUUCCUUGAGUGUUUUCAGCGAGGACUGGGCGUCCAGCGAGGACGCUUGUAGAGCUCGGGAUGCCUCUUGCUCAGUAUUGGGUGGCAAAAAAAAAUCAUUUAUUUGUAUUGUAUGUAUUUAUUGUUUACAUAAUGAUGCUACUUUCAAAGGGUACAGAAACAUGUAUGAAUUUCAGGUAUGAAUUGUGUAAUCUGUAAAGCCUUGGCUGUCUACCAGCUUUACGUCCCACGAGUAGCCAUCACGCUAGUUUACAACCAACGUGCUUAUUCUUUAUUUUAGCAGCCAACAAUAAAGAGGUGUUGGCUUUACCAAGAGAGAGGAGAGUGACAGAGAGGAGGAGGAGGUAGAGCAGAUGUGUGAAGAGGGCUCAGAGGGAGGAAGUGGAGAAAGACACAGAAAGUAGACGAAGAAAGAAUCAAACUGAGGUGAUACCGGAAAGGGAAGCGGAUGUUUAAAGGAGAAAGACAUCAGAGGCAGGACCUUUGAUCAGCCGAAGAUGACAGAGGAAGAUGAUGUCAUGUCUGAUCAUGUUGCGAGUCUGUUCAUGUGAGUGAGUGUAGGAGGAAGUGAGUUACGCACCGGUCAGUUACAUAUUGUUUAUCCACAGCAUGUACUGUAUGAACUCUUUGAAUUCAGAGCCUUUGUAGGCACGAUACAUUGAAAAUGUAGGGUUUUUUAUACAUGUAAAUGGGAGAUUUAUAUCGUCAGUGGGAUCUGUCUGCAUGUUCAGAUACUGGGUUUAGUUAUGUUUUUUCUAAAGCAGGGUGAUAUGCUAAAGCUGCAUGUUACAACUAAAUAUCUUUCUUGGAGGAAAGGAAGAUUGUGAAAUGUGUGAAAGAUGGCAGGAAAAAAAAAAACAGGAGGUCGAUCUGGUUUCCACUCGGACCGUGUUGCAACAUUGGAGAAAUCACACACUGUCAAUCCAUGAAGGGUAGUUUUCCCAGAGAUUGUCUCAUUAGCUCUUACCUCCACCUGCUGGCCAAACACAGUCAUGGCAGGGCAGACGCUGAAGUCCAUGGACACACAGGCAGAUCAUUGAAAAAUCAUUUAUGAGUAUUAUUUGGGGAGCUCUCAAAGAUCACCCCUGUAACAUGGUCUUCUGUCUGCUCUGUCAGUGCAGGCCUACAUGGAAUUUAUUUUCUGAAUCUCAUGGUUAUUCUGUGUCUUAAUAUUUAUCCUCAGUUUAUUGUGUCUGGGAUACAGACUUUAUAAGAAAAGGUGUAUAUCGAAAUAAGCUGGUUAGGAAACUCCCCGCUGUGCUGCUUUCAUCUGAGCACGUGUGCCGAGAGUCCUGACCCUGAGCAGUCACCAUCGAGGGUUAUUGAUUAUUAUUGUUUAGUUUCUUUCAUUAGUUUGUUGCAAUUCUAUAGUGCUUCCUUUUGUAUCCUGCACUUAAUGAGAUAAUGUGAUACACUAAAAUCCAAAUGUUCAAGGCUCAAGCGACGGUUUUGUGCUUUGGAGUCGGAUUAAACGGAGCAGGUUGAAGAGAUGAGACUGACGCUGGCUCUCGACUGCAGAGCUUCAGCGUCGGUGGACGGACUAGAGUCAAGCGGUAGAAUCACGACAGGUGGCGAUGCGAGACAGCUCCUGACGCCUCUCAUUGACCUGAAAUGAUUUCUGUUUGACUGAUGGUGAGAUGUUGGAGUUGAGAACACUUUUCUGUUAUCGUGUCAUACACAGUUUAAGGACCACACCGGUGUUUGUGCAUGUUUUAGCCCAUUUACUACAAUCUCACAGCCAGCUAUUUUUAUCUUAUCUUUUUAUGAUUGUCCAGGCAAACACAAGCUUCCAGUAAUUUUGUCAUGGUAUUAAAAUGAACUGGUAUGGUCACAACAUCUCCUAGGAAUGUUAAUCCAUCACAGCAACCUUUCUUUAACUUGUUUGAUUGGGUUUUUUGGGGCAUUUUGCCUUUAUUUGAUAGUGAAAGUUGUAGAGAGACAGGAAACGCAGGGUACAGAGCUGCAAUCGAACCCAUGCCACUGCAGUAUGGACUAAACCGUAAUGGUAUGAGCUAUUCUACAUGAGCUACUGGGGCGCUCUGCAGUGCAGCCUUUUUAAAAGAUCUGCACCUACAAAUGAAUAACUGUAUUUUAAUUUGGGAAGCUAGCUUCUCAAGCAAGCUUCAGUUUCGUACAACCUCAGUUUCGUACCAUAACAGAAACCACUGGCUGCCUACAAGCCUGGACAAACAUAGAAUCUAUAUAACACUACAGUACUCUUUAAAAACAGACAGCAGUGAUGCAUUCAGUGUGUGAUCUAUAUUAAAGGGACUAAAACAUGCAGAAAUCUGUGAUGGUGCCUUAUUGUGACGCCUGGAGCCCAAACUGCCUCAUGACUGGCUGUAUGUGGCUUCAGACUCAAUGAUGGCGGCUUGAAACUGCAGUGUGGAUCAGUGCACACACACCACAGAUAAAGUGUGUGUCGUUCGUGACAGCGCUGCACACUCUUCAGAUAUUUUGUCUCGGUGUUUCAAGCGUUUUCUGCUCUUAUACUUUGAGUGUAUAAGAGCCAAGCAGACGUCGUGCGUACGUUUGUGAAUGAAGAUGAAGAUUCCACCAAAGCCUGAAUGUGACAUGAACUGAUGUUACACCUUUAAACGUCUUUUUUUUUCUGAUGCUCCUCGCUGAGAAGCAGCAUCGUGUCAAAUCAUAGACUGUUUCAGUGUCACUGCCAUAUGAAUCAGUACUUAAAGUAGAUACAAUUAUUUAUUCUUUUUUUUUUUUUUCAUAAUUUUUGCAGAGGUGAUACUUUUACUCAUUUAGGUGUAUUAUUAUUUAAAGUACCAUAUGUAUUAACAUGUUAUGGCUGGUGACCAUACGUACAUCUCAAAUAUUAACAUAGUUAUUGUUGACUUUGUUUUUCUUUUAAUGUUUUGUUGUUGCUGUUGUUGAACUAUAAUCGUGUUUGUAUCUAUCAGUGUCAUGUUGAGAUUUUUUUUUUUUCCUCUUGUGAAGCUUCGCUGUCGGAGUGCAGCCGAGAGCAGCAGCCGGUCCGUCACAGAUACAUCGAGUCAUGUUCAGUUACAGAAUUCAUGUCAGAGGAGGUGUUGGCAAACAAAACGGCGGGGUUGUUGUUGUAGUCUGUGGCAGGCCAGGAAGUAGACUGGUCCAUACUGAUCUGGAGUCUGAACUUGGUGCUGUGGGCGUGUUACCACCUAACUGUAUGGUCCUGAUGGGAGAGGUGAUGACUACAGGUUUGAAUGUGUGUUAGUUUAAAGAAUGAGACUGGCAUUAGUUAUAGUUUUCUUACUGUCAACAAAUUCCACGAAAAGACCAAAUUCAACAGUGUGUUAGUCCGUCUGUCGAUACGAUAAGUCUUUACAAGUGCAAAUGUUUAGUUUGCACCGUGCAGCAAGCAGGAGGAAACAGUGCCUUUGUUGGGGACUAUUUUCAGUGGUGGAUUAAUCCACAUUUGAGGCGGUAGUGAGGAUAUGUGUCAGCAGGACGAUGUGUGUUCGUGGUAAUGAAGGAACAUGUCACUCAGUGCAGAGGUGUGUCUCACUGAUGUGUCUUUGGGACAAAGAUGGAGGUCUAUGGCACAGAAGAAAAUGAUAUAUGAGGAUUAUAUACAUACACAUUAUUUGUUAAAUACAUUUUGGUUUUGGUCUUUCUAUGGAAUUUGUUUACAUUGAGAAAAAUCUAGACUAUGAUUAGACCUGUCUUUCAAACACAAACCUGCAGUCAGUGAUGUAAUCAAAGGGAUUAUUGAAACUGUAGUAUUUUUGCCGCAUUGUUAUUUACGUUCAUAUCACUUUGCCAUGUUUGAGUUAUAAAGGUCUUGACACAAAGGUUCAGGAGAUUUCUUUCAGUAUUGCAUAAAAACACUAGCUCUAGUCUGUGACUGACGGCGUUUGAAUAACCUGAAGUUUAUGUGAUUUUUCUCAGUGACGUAGCAGAGCAGAGUCACAUGUUUGAGUUCAGAACAACACAACAGGCCUCCGGUUUCCUGCAGCAUCUCUGGGUCAAAGAGACGUCCGUGUGAACACAGAACAUACCUGUGACGGGGCAGUGGAAGGUUACAGCUCUGAGGUCUGGAUCGUUACACAUCUCUUCAAACCAAAUGCUUUAUUUUUUUGUGUUGUUUUUUUUUUUUUUUUCUAAAUGCAUAUCAGCUCUGUGGGUGUCCAGGAGUGCUUCUAACGCUGUGCACACUGCAGUAUUAACAGUUAGAUAACGCCUUGAUAUUCCAAAAAAACAUUUAAUGUACUUUAAGUCGAGACAUAUAUGCUGUUUUGUAUCUUUUAUUUUUGUCAUAGAUUCUGCAGUUUAGUCAGUUUAUGUCGAUAUGGGAUGCCAAGACUAUUUUUUUUUGUUUUUGUUUUGUUUUUGUAAAUUCCGCAGCAUCCAUUCUGUAACAAAGUGUUACCGCUUGACUGUGCUCCUUUAUUUCAUUUAGUUUUAUUUUAUCAAAGAGCCGAUGUCCUGUAUUGACUGCAGGCUUACGUAUAUAUUUGACAAAAGAAUAUUGUAUGUUUAAUAAUAAAAAAACACAAAAAAGACAAAAAAUUGAAGAAAAUGCAGAAAAAAGAAAAGGAGAAAAUUUGGGGUGGGGGGGUUAAAAAAAAAAGUGUAAUUUAUAUUUUAAAAACUGCAUGCACAAGGCUGGGAAAGUCAUAUUUAGAAUAACAAAUGGCAGUGCCUUUUUUGUACUCGAGACAUUCACCCCAAAUGUAAAUGGUUUUAUAUAGACUCUAAAGACUGUAACGUUACAGGAUGAAACAGCUGUGUCGGGUCACGUUCACACUGCGGCCACAGGCGUCCUAAUUCAGAUUCCAACCCCAACCCCCCAACCAAACUGUCCCUGCCCUCAAAACUGAUCACUGUGUCAGAUAUAUUCACUUGUGUUUGAUACAGUUGACGUCCACGGAGGACAAAAAAACUGAAGAUCAUAGAUUUAGUUUGUAUUUGUGGAGACUCUUUAAAUUUAGCUGCAGCCUGCAACAUCAUCCCACAGUAAGUCCUUAUUUGGGAUGAUCAGUGACAAAUAUAGGGCCACAUCUAACAGUUAUUAUCAUCAUUAAUUAAUCUGCUGAUAAUAAUUAAUCCUUUGCCCUAUAAAAGAUUAAAAAAAAGUGUGAAAUGUCUGUCAGGUGACGUCUUUUAUUGAACAACGGUCCAAUAUAAGACAAGAAAAAGCAGCAGAUCCUCACAUUGGAGAAGCUGAAAGCGAGCAAGUUCAAGUUUAAGUCAUUUUCAAAAGAAACUUAAAUGUAUUUUAGCUGCUAAACAUUUGCAGUCACUAAUUAAAGCAGCUUCAUAUCUGAUUUCUGCUGCUGUCAAAGACUAAACGUGAACAUUCAAACACAAAGUUUAAUCUGAAUUGAGCGUUGAGGCGUGCGGUGUGAACGAGGCCUGCGGCGGUGAACUCGGUCUGUUGUUUCUGUACUCUGUUGGUACUUCUUAAUGCUGAUAUGAAGUUAUGAAUUAUUCUGGUCUGUACAAAAAAUGUGUGAAUGAGUGUGUGAGUGAGUGUGUGAGUGUAAGUGCGUGUGUGUGUGUGAAAACAUUCAAGUGUUUUUCAAUGUGUCUUGCUGUAAUUUUGUGGCGACGUACCAGAAUGCUGUGACUUGGCAUGCCCCCGUUAUACAUAAAGAAAAGUUGUAACUCCUCC